AGUCCAAAGGAUUAGAUGUCACUUCACUCUGCUCUAUUGUUCAGUUCCUUUACUGGAUCCACCUCCUUGAAGAUUAACACUAUCCUCUGUUUUCAAUCCAGGCUGUGGCAUCAACUCACAGUGGAACUUCUGGAGUUCACACUAAUUCCAUGUUUCCCAUCUGGGGAUAACCUGUUGCAGUUAUAUGAACACUUCAUAAGUGACUUUGAACACAGAAUAAAUCCAUUGUCGCUGGUGGAAAUCAUCCUCCGUGUGGUUCGACAGAUGAGUGAUGCACAAAUGGCUUUAAGUCUACUUGAAAAGACAUGGGAGAAGGUGAAGGGUAAUGAUGAAGCUAUGAUUCUCUGUAGAACUGCCAUUGCUGCUAUUAAAAUCAAAAUUGGGGACCUUCAGGAAACUAAGAAAAUCAUUGAAGAAGUGGAUGAGAUGCUGCAGAAGUUGCCAGGAGUAACGUCUGUCCAUGGCCGGUUUUAUGACACUUCCAGCAGUUACUAUCAGGUCGUGGGUGAUCACGCUGCUUACUACAGGGAGGCUCUACGGUAUCUUGGCUGCACUGAACUCUCCGACUUAUCAAUGGGUUCACAGCAGCAGAGAGCAUUCACUCUGGGCCUGGCUGCGCUACUGGGAGAAGGCAUUUAUAAUUUUGGUGAACUGCUGAUGCACCCAAUCCUGGAUUCGUUGCGUGAUACAGAGAACCAAUGGUUGAUUGAUACUCUGUACGCUUUCAAUAGUGGAGAUGUGGAGACCUUCUUCUGUCUGAAAACCUACUGGGGAGCUCAGUCUGAUCUGGCCAAUAAUGAACAGCGAUUGAAAGAGAAACUGCAACUGCUGUGCCUGAUGGAGAUGGUGUUUACAAGACCAGCAAACCACCGGCAGAUGACAUUUCAGGAAGUAUCCCACCAGGCCAAGGUGUCUGUAAGUGAGGUUGAAAUGCUGGUGAUGAAAGCGUUGUCUGCAGGCCUGGUGAAAGGGAGCAUUGAUGAGGUGGACCAUAAAGUUCACAUGACCUGGGUUCAGCCACGGGUCAUGGACCUGCAACAGGUAUCUGGUAUGAAGGAGCGGCUGGAGGCCUGGUGUGCUGAUGUGAAGAAUAUUUCCAUCCUCGUUGAAGACCAUGCGCAUGAGGUUCUUGGCUGAAACCCCACUGCCUUCACAUGUGAUUUGAGUUUGUGAUUGUUGAUGCUGAUGUUAAAAAAAAACUGUUCUAAUGUUUUUGCUGCAAAAGCAAGUUAACCCUGUUAUUUCCUUGUGAAAUUUAAAUAAACAUAUAUACUUUUGUGUGUUUACACAGGA